CCCUUGGUGCUGAAGGUCAACUUCCCUCCGCACUCAGGGAAGUCGGCCAAGAAUGAUCAACAACCAAAUUCCAUCGGAAUUAUACAAGAUGGAGACCAUGGGGUGGGCGACAGACUAGAAGCCUCCGAAACGCAUCGGCAUAACACUGAGCACAAAUACUCCGCGCCGAAUUCACCUUACUCACCUCAAGAUAUACCCAUGUCCAACGAUGUGCGCAACCUUCAAACUCAAGGCUCCAGCCAGGAUUCUGCCGGUCAGCUGAACUGGAUAUUAAACUGA